AUUUGGUUAAAGAUUUCCCAAAAAUUAAUGUUGAUAAAGUAAGAUGUGUAAAUUUGAUGAUAAAUUCACCUCGUCCAUUAUCAACUCAAUCAAUGCUAUUUGAAAAUCUAAAAUUAUCUAAUAAUUCUGUAUCAAAUAAUAAUAAAGCUAUAUCAC